AAACAGAACAUUAAACAAAAUAAAGGCACAGACAAUCCGAGUGAGAUGAGUUCAACAACGAAGAAGAAGAUGUUAGAGAGAGUGCUCUCUCUGCGCAGAGGUGCUCAAAUCAACGAAGACGGCGACGAAGAAGCCGACGAGUCCAAAACAAAGCACAUUUCACUUGCAAUGAGAGCUACUCAAUACUUUACCCGACCCGGAACCGGAAUCACAGUCGGAUACCUCUGGCCUUCUCUCUUCAUCACUCUCGUUGUUCUCUCGCUUGUUUCUCUCUUCAUUCAUUCUCGUGAUUUGGUUUGUGUUUCGUCUGUUUCGUCUUUUGAUCUUAAUUCGAGAUUGCGAUUUUUCGGUCUCGAUGGACUUGAUUCUGAUUUUGGAUCUCUUGGUGUUCCCUGGUGCAGAUCGAAACAUGGAAAAACGGUUGAAUGGACGUCAAAGGAUUUACUUAAGGGUCUUGAAGAUUUUAUACCAAUAUACGAAACACGUCCUAUAAAAAACAACAUGUUUGGGAUGGGUUUUGACCACAGCUUUGGGCUUUGGUUUAUGGCGCAAUGGCUACAACCAGAUCUCAUGAUUGAGAGUGGCGCCUUUAAGGGGCAUUCGACUUGGGUUCUGAGGCAAGCCAGGCCAGACACACCAAUAGUAUCGCUUUCACCUCGCCAUCCUGAGAAAUACCUUAAAAAGGGGCCUGCUUAUGUUGACGGAAAUUGCACUUACUUUGCUGGGAAAGAUUUUGUAGAUUUUGGCAGCCUUGACUGGGCCAAAUUAAUGAGCAAAUAUGGGAUUACUGAUCUAAGUAAGGUUCUAGUCUUCUUUGAUGACCACCAGAACGAAUUGAAAAGGUUAAAGCAAGCAUUAAAAGCUGGCUUCAAGCAUCUUAUUUUUGAGGACAAUUAUGAUACCGGGACUGGAGACCACUAUUCCUUCAGACAAAUAUGUGACCAAUUUUAUAUAAGAGGAGGUGGGCAUAGUUGCUUUAAAGAUAGUGACGAAGCUAGAUUAAGAUCAAGAAGAAGGAAAUUCUGGGACAAAGCUGUGGAUAUAGAAGAAUUAUGUGGUCCUGGGGAAACAUGGUGGGGUGUGAAAGGGGAGAUGCGGGAUGAUUUCAAUCAUAGUAAUAAGAAAAUUACAUACACACAACACUUUGAGAACAGUAGGUUUGUAGAAUCGGUACUAGAUGUUUAUUGGGAGCUUCCCCCAGUAGCUGGUCCUUCACUAACUCACCAAUCACGAUAUGAUCCAGCUCGUGUUACUAGUCCAAUUGUUGAAGAUGGCAGAUUUGGUUUGUUCAGAAGGCUUGGCCUAUCGAACCUGGACAAUUCUGUAUUUAAUGGAUACACGCAGAUGGUAUAUCUUCAAAUAUCUGAAAGCUGAUUUUAAAGAAGUCACUGUGGAAUGUAUUUAAAUAGUGGACUCAAUUAGGGUUGCCAAAGAAUGAAAAGCCUUUCCUCUUAUUCUUCUUUCCAAAGUCUGCUAGCAAGGGAUAUAUAGGUUGCUAGAUAUGAAGAGAUUCAGUAGCUUUAUUUCUGCACCUCCCGGGACGUCAAUGUCUGCGGUCAAAUGAAUUCAUGUUGCUCUAGAAUGAAAUGUUCUGUGGAUAUGUUUGAUGCCUUCCUUAUAUCUCCAUUCUCCACUGUAACAGGACACCAGAAGAGUGUAGGUCAGCUGUGUUGGUUCUUUGCUAGAUGUAUUGUAUUAUGUUUAUAAAACAUAUUUUGAUGACA